AUGAGCAAUUUACCGCCGCAGUACUUGGAGCAAAUACAUAACCUGCUAAACCAAGCGUUUGAUUAUUGUACUCGAGAAGACAAGUUGAAAAUUGAAAAAUUAGAAGCAAAAAUACACAUUUUGGAGAGAUGCUCACAAGAAGAUCAUGUCAAGAUUACGAAUCUAGAAAAUGAAAUUUUGAAUUUGAAACAAACCAUUGAAUCUCAGCAGAAGGAUAUUGAGAAAUUGAAGCAGGAAACAGCAAGAGGGGCGAACCGUGUAUCUAUAUCGCCAAAGAGGGAAUUGUCAGCAGCAGCGCUGUAUGAGCUAGGCGAUAACGCACCUGGAAAAACAAAAUGCGCGAUUGAAAAUGUACAUCUAUUGCCUACACAGUAUAGUGACACAGAAGAUGAGGUUGCAUUGAGCGAGAUGGCCUCGUCUCCUGUAAAAAUAGAUGGUCAAUGUAUAGUCAAGCAAUCGGCAGCAGAACAUGCACUGAGCCCCAUUAAUGUGAGUCCUAAACGGAGAUUGUCUUCAAUCAAGACUAGUUCUAGUCCUGGAACCACAAUCAAACUCCGUAAAUUAAACGAUCAUAUCUCAGGUAAUGGAAUCUUUAAGAUAAAGAGUGAGGAGAAUAAGUUACUGAGCCUAGCGGUAGAUUUAGAGUUGAAGCAGGAUUUAUUCAAUAAUAGACCAGGAUCUCUCCUCCACCACGAACAACGCGAUGAGUCUCCUCUCCCGCUUUAUAUGAAGAGGGAAAGUGAUGAAGUAUAUGGAGAUGUUGAAGAAAUUGCCGAUUCACAAGAGGAUGAUGCAAUAUACUCAACGCCGCUGCUGCAAAAAACACUGUCAUCACCAAUCGUGAUACCCAAGCAUUUAAAUUCCGUACUACAAACGCGACAGUACCUCACGCAAUAUUACACUGACAAAUUUGUCACCGAUCCCAGCUUCAAAAUCAAUUUAUCGAGACACCCCAUAAAACGUCUUUCAUGGGAUUUUAGUGAUUUCAAAUUGAAUUUAAACUAUCAGCCCGGCAAUUUCAGUCAAUUCAUCAGGAGGCAUAAUAUCAUGGACAAGACCAAGUUUGAUAAAUACAAGACUUUCUAUAAGCUUUCAGAAGAUCAGCAAUUUGAAGAUAAAUUACUGCAAAUAUUUGAUAAAUUCGAGUCACCACCAGGAUUCAUGAAGCUGGAAUUUCCCGAUACUCAAGAGUUGCAAGAAAGAAAGAAAAUUGUACGCGAACGGCAGUCGAAAAGAAUCAACCGUCGACUAGAAAGUUGCACUAUUGUAAUAGACCAGGAACAGAUUGGCGAGUUUGUUUUCAGUUUAGAUAUUUUGAAUCGUUAUGUGGUUCACAAUAGGUGGUACAGGCAACCACUGAGGUAG